CCCACACAAGCCGUUUAUCUUAGCUCAGUCACUCAGCAGCUGUUAUUCUUUUUCCGUUCAUCACCUCCGGCCGCCGAUACCCUCUCCGAUCAUGGCUUCCAUUUCCGGUGUGCUCAGCCUCACAAUAAGCAUCAUAGCUCUAACCCUAGCUGGCUACUCUAUUUACCAGCACACCCAAACAGCCCUUAAGGGGGAGCUUAAUGUUUCCCCAACGUGGCUGGUUGACCCAUUAGAGUCAACCGGAAGCAUAUUGUCAUCACUGGGUCUUGGUAAAUCCUCCGGCAAGCUUUCCGACGAGGCGUGCGUAUUCACCGCCGUCAAAGAGGUGGUCGACGCGGCCAUCACGGCUGAAAGUCGCAUGGGCGCUUCUCUCAUCCGCCUCUUCUUUCAUGACUGUUUUGUUGACGGUUGUGAUGCCGGGCUUCUUCUAAACGACACAGCGACUUUCACCGGCGAACAGACUGCCGGCGGCAAUGCUAACUCCGUCAGAGGUUUCGAGGUAAUUGAAAGGGCUAAGCAGAACGCCAAAACCAAAUGCCCCGACACGCCCGUAUCUUGCGCUGAUAUUUUAUCCAUUGCUGCCCGUGACUCUUUCCGCAAAUUCACCGGCAAAACGUACGCCGUGACUCUGGGCAGAAAAGAUGCCAGAACGGCGAACCUCACCGGAGCUAACACCCAACUCGUCGGACCGUCGGAAGACUUGGCUUCGCAGCUCCGAAAAUUUGCCGACAAAGGGUUCACCCCGACGGAGAUGGUAGCCCUCUUAGGGUCCCACACAAUCGGGUUCGUCAGAUGCCCAAUUGCAUGUGUUAGUGGUUUCAUUAAUCCUGCCCGGACCUCAACUUUCCAGUGCGGCUGCCAAACAACCGUAAACGCCUCGGGAUUGGUCGGCCUGGACCCCACUCCCGCAAAGUUCGACCAACGUUACUAUUCCGACGUGGCCAGGGGUCAGGGACUUUUGUUUUCCGACAACGAGCUGUUGAAGGGGAACACGACCGCGGCCGCCGUCAGGAGGUACCGGGACGCCAUGGACGCUUUCCUCGCCGACUUCGCCGCCGCGAUGGUGAAGAUGAGCAACCUGCCGCCGUCCAAGGGAGUGAAACUUGAAGUCCGCGAUGUUUGUAGCCGAGUGAAUCCCACUUCUAACCCUGCUCUGGCUUCUAUGUGAAGGGAUAUUUCAAUUUACCCCUUUCCGUUUUCCUACCAAUAAAUAUGAAUUAGUCAUGUAUGGAAAUGUAACUCGUGUUUUGAAUGAUGGGGCCGGCCGGAAUUUUAUGAUUUCCGACGCAGCUGAAAGUUUAAAGUAUAAAUAAUCGAAGUUCCCCAGGUUCUGUUUAAAGUAUAUACUUCAAAUAAGUAGUACUCCCUCCAUCCCCUUUUAAAUGUCUCAUUUUAUGAUAUUGGGAUGUCCCUAUUUAAUUAUCUAAUUCCUUAUUUGGUAAAGUUUGUGUGAC